AUGGCCAAGGUCCCGGAGCUGGAAGACGCCUUCCUGCAGGCGCAGGCUUCUCCCCCGGUUUCCCCCGAAGUCCAGGGGUGUUGUGUGCAGCUCCUGGGCAAGGGUUUGCUCGUUUACCCGGAAGAAAGGGUGUACCUGGCGGCCGAAGCCCAGCCGGGGCGCGCGCUGGGCAGCGGGGAGAAAGCGGACGACCCGGAGCUGCCCGGGGGAGUUAAAGCCGAAAUGCAUUUAAGCAAUGGUAACUUUUCCUCCGAAGAAGAGGAUGCGGAUAAUCCAGACAGCAAAACUAAAGCAACCGAUCCACACCUCUCACAGAAGAAAACCAUCACGCAGAUUAUGAAGGAUAAAAAGAAGCAGACCCAGCUCACCCUGCAGUGGCUUGAAGAGAAUUACAUUGUAUGUGAAGGAGUUUGCUUACCACGGUGCAUCCUUUAUGCACACUAUUUAGAUUUCUGCAGGAAAGAGAAAUUAGAGCCAGCCUGCGCGGCCACCUUUGGAAAGACAAUUCGUCAAAAGUUUCCCCUCUUGACGACUCGGCGACUGGGAACAAGAGGCCAUUCAAAGUAUCAUUAUUAUGGGAUUGGCAUCAAAGAGAGUAGUGCAUAUUACCAUUCCGUUUAUUCUGGAAAAGGCCUGACAAGGUUUUCUGGAAGCAAGCUGAAGAAUGAGGGUGGCUUCACUCGUAAAUAUUCGCUUAGCUCAAAAACUGGAACACUUCUUCCAGAAUUCCCCAGCGCUCAACACCUUGUGUACCAAGGAUGCCUUUCUAAGGACAAGGUUGAUACCCUAAUAAUGAUGUACAAAACUCACUGCCAGUGCAUCUUGGACAAUGCAAUAAAUGGAAACUUUGAGGAGAUUCAGCAUUUCUUAUUACACUUUUGGCAAGGAAUGCCUGAUCAUCUUCUUCCCCUGCUUGAAAACCCAGUUAUAAUUGACAUUUUCUGUGUUUGUGACUCAAUUCUUUAUAAGGUUCUUACAGAUGUACUCAUUCCUGCCACGAUGCAAGAAAUGCCUGAAAGCUUAUUAGCAGACAUAAGAAAUUUUGCUAAGAAUUGGGAACAAUGGGUUGUUUCAUCCUUGGAAAAUUUGCCAGAAGCUCUAACUGACAAGAAAAUACCUAUUGUGAGACGAUUUGUAUCAUCUCUGAAACGACAAACAUCUUUCUUACAUCUUGCACAGAUUGCCAGACCAGCUCUCUUUGACCAGCAUGUUGUGAAUUCUAUGGUAUCUGAUAUUGAAAAGGUUGACUUGAAUAGCAUCGGAUCUCAGGCCCUUCUCACCAUUUCAGGCAGCACAGACACUGAAUCUGAUAUCUACACUGAAUAUGAUUCUAUCACAGUGUUUCAAGAACUGAAAGAUCUCCUUAAGAAGAAUGCCACUGUGGAGGCUUUCAUUGAAUGGUUGGAUACUGUGGUGGAGCAGAGAGUUAUUAAGACCAGCAAGCAAAAUGGGAGAUCAUUAAAGAAGAGGGCUCAAGACUUCCUGCUGAAGUGGAGCUUUUUUGGUGCUCGAGUAAUGCAUAAUCUCACCUUGAACAAUGCAUCCAGUUUUGGUUCUUUCCAUUUGAUCCGAAUGCUUCUUGAUGAAUACAUUCUGCUCGCCAUGGAGACCCAGUUUAAUAAUGACAAAGAGCAGGAGUUACAGAAUUUAUUGGACAAGUAUAUGAAGAAUUCAGAUGCAAGUAAAGCUGCCUUCACUGCUUCUCCAAGUUCAUGCUUUCUGGCCAACCGUAAUAAAGGAAGCACUGUUCCCAGUGAUACUGUGAAGAAUGAAAGCCAUGUGGAGACAACGUAUCUUCCUCUGCCAUCUAGUCAACCUGGAGGCUUAACCUCCGCUCUGCACCCGUUCCCUGCUGAGAAUACAGACAGCAUGGUGCUUCCAGGUCAAAUGGAGCUUUCCCAGAGUUCUGGUCAUCUGAUGACACCACCUAUUUCUCCAGCGAUGGCGAGCCGAGGAAGCGUCAUUAACCAGGGGCCAAUGGCAGGGAGACCCCCGAGUGUGGGCCCAGUACUGUCAGCCCCAUCACACUGCUCAGCAUACUCAGAGCCUAUUUAUCCGACUUUCCCUCAAGCCAGCCAUGACUUUUAUGGGACCAACUCUAACUAUCAGACUGUGUUUAGGACACAGCCUCACACCCCAUCAGGACUCUAUCCUCAUCGCCCGGAGCAUGGUCGAUGCAUGGUCUGGAGUGACCAGCAGCUUUCUAGAGACUUCUUCAGUGGCAGCUGUGCUGGGUCCCCAUAUAAUUCUCGGCCACCUUCCAGCUAUGGACCAUCCCCACACGGCCAGGAUCCACAUAGCCUGCAGUUUUUAAAUACAGGAAGCUUCAAUUUCUUGAGCAAUGCAGGGGCUGCCAGCUGCCAAGGAGCAACACUGCCUCCUAAUUCACCUAAUGGGUACUAUGGGAGCAACGUCAACUACCCAGAGUCUCAUAGACUUGGAUCGAUGGUGAAUCAACACGUUUCCGUCAUCAGCAGUGUUCGCUCCCUGCCUCCAUAUGGUGACAUUCAUGAUCCGCUCAACAUUUUAGAUGAUGGUAGCAGAAAGCAGACCAGCUCAUUUUAUGCAGACACACCACCUUCUGUUGCAUGUCGAACUCCUGUAGUAGCAUCCAGCCUGCAAACCCCAAUUCCUUCCUCCUCCUCCCAGUGUAUGUAUGGAACUUCCAAUCAAUAUCCAGCUCAAGAACCCCUGGACUCCCAUGGAGCAAAUGGAAGAGAAAUGGUAUCCUCUCUACCACCAAUCAACACUGUGUUCAUGGGAACAGCGGCUGGAGGCACUUAA